CUCCCUCAUACCUCCGGUGCAGCCCGAAGCUGGGGCAGAACCCUGGGUAAAGCCGAUUAAAUUAACCAAAGCCGUUGAAUCAUUCUGUCAGCAAUAUUUAUCGUUUUGGACAUUGCAAAGGUUGCUCCUUAUUACAAAAUAGUUCUACGUUUUGCUUAUCCCGGUAUAUGUAAAUAUUCCCCUACUACUCAUUGUGUUUACGUUGAAGUAGUAUCACAUAGCGUUUCACUUCGAGCAACAAUGUUUGCCAAACUGAAAGAGCGUUAUGACAAGUUCCUGAACGAGAAGAACUUCGUAACGGACUGUCUGGGGAAAAUCGAGGAGAAAACUGGAAUUAAAAAGAACUACAUUGUUGCAGGUACUCUCUCUCUCACAGGGCUGUAUUUAAUCUUUGGAUAUGGCGCCUCUCUGCUCUGUAAUUUGAUCGGUUUCGUGUAUCCUGCAUAUUUCUCCAUUAAGGCGAUUGAGAGCGCAGAUAAAGAAGAUGACACCAAUUGGCUGACCUACUGGGUCAUCUAUGGAAUUUUUAGUGUGGCCGAAUUUUUCUCUGACAUAUUCCUCUACUGGUGCCCUUUCUACUAUGUUGGGAAGUGCGUAUUCCUGCUUUGGUGCAUGGUUCCUGGGAGCUGGAACGGAUCUCAAGUGCUUUACCAUCGAGCAGUGCGGCCAUUCUUCCUGAAACACGAGGCCGAGCUGGACAGAGUGGUGAAUGACCUCAGCGGAAAGGCCAUGAGCGCAGCGGAGAGCGUCACCAAAGAAGUCCUUCACACGCUGGUGGAUAAGAAAGCUCUUCUGCCUUCUGUGGCAGCUUCUAAAGCGCUGCCAAGCACAUCCGUACGUAACACAUUUCAUCACUUGGCUCCCACAUCUCCCUCCUCCACAGUCCCAUCCUCCCUGAUGUUCUGUCAUGUCAGCCCCCCCCCCUUGCUCCUAUGCAGUCUACCCACGGCGUGUUACUUUUUUUUGUCAGCCUGACACACCCACAAUUCCAACCCUCAUAUGGAGUAGCUACAUUCAUUUUGCGGUUCGAGGGCACCAUGGCUACCCAUAAUACUAUCACUAUCCAUAAAGUUAAUACCAUUUUUAAAUCUUAACUUAUAGAUUAUCACAUGGUGCAUCUACAUCUGUUGGAGUCUAGUAUAUAAUUUGCAGUACAUUACGCAUUGAGACAAAAACCGCAGGUUGGAAUGUAGUGACUCGUUUUAUACGCGCACCAGAACAAACGUGCAUUACAGCGAGCUGUAGUAUUUAGUGUAGAAUCCAGUUUGUUUGAAUAUUCUUCAUUGGAACUGAAUUACUUAGACAUUUGAUGUAGUGCUCACAACUCUAGGCUUGUACAUGGACCUCUGCGACACCCAUGUGGUCUGACAUGCUGCAUUUGGUGGCAUUUCUCCUUUAUUAAUAAUAAUGAAACAUUUCAUGCCUUCCUUUAUAGACUGACCUGAAUGUAGACUAAUUUGGUAAGUUCAGUGUUGUAGGAUUUCAUGUCUGCUGCCCAAGUCUCUCUCAUUCAUAUGAAAGCCCUUAACAUUAAGCUCAUAUUUUAAGUUACAAAACUGCAUUAUGCUAAUUUGUGUUUAUUGCAUUUAAGCAUGCAAUUAUAAUCUAAUGAGUAACAGCAUUAUUUCUGUCUUGCUUAUCUUGAAUGUGUGCAUGCGUGCCCCUAACCAGCUACACUGAGUAUUUCUGGUUUUGCAUUGAACAGUCCAGCUUUUAAUGAAAUAUUUUCUUUGUCGUCAGUUAUCAUUUGUUACGUCGUAACCAUGUUGUCAGCAUACCUGCAUAUCUAAAAAUCGGAAUCUCUUAUGCCAUUUGACCGGUUGAUUUGUGUUCGUUCCACCAAGUGUUGCAGUAGUAUUUUCAUUAUUAAUAUAGAAAACGAUACCAUUUAUGUUCGUUUGCUCUUGGGGUUUUCAAACAAAAACGUUUCGCAGUACAUUACAAAAGAGUAAAAAAGUGUUUUUGUUUGAAAUUCACUUUAAUUGUGUAAAAUUUUGUUUCUAUAUUUCAAAGGUCUAAUUACUGUCUGUCCCGUUUUUUGUUUU